AUGGGAAAUAAUGCAGAAUCCAAGCAUUUUCGAACGUAUAUUAGAACAUAUAAUAAUCUGUUUGCUUUUACAUCACUUGGUGUCAGUUAUGACAAAGAUUUAGCAAAGAGAAAUCGUGGUAUAUAUACAUUCAGAGUUCAAGGACAGAUGUAUCAUUUGAUAGAUGAUUUAUAUCCUAGAGAAAGGCGGCCAAGAAAUUUGCAACUGUACUUUUAUGAUAAUGCAAAUGAGCUUGGAAAUAGAAUGGCUUGUUCAGACAAGUUAAAUGAAUCAUUAGUGAAAGGAUUGAUGGAAAUUCUAAAGGAUAAUCCAUAUUCAAUAUUUCUACGAUCUUUAACAGAUAUGUCGAACUUGCAAAACUUUCAUAUAGCACUGAAAAGUGAUGCUAGAUUAGAUCAACGUGUAUAUAAUCUGCCUACUACUACUGAAAUUGCAGCAAUAUGGGUUGAUGAAAAUGAUGGUUCUGCUACUCAUGCGCCACAUCUUCAAAUUUAUACUCACAGCGACAUGAUACAAAGAGUGAACUAUUAUUUUGGAUGUUAUGACCCAUUACAGUACCCGUUAUUAUUUCCAUAUGGUCAAGGCGGGUGGCACUGUGGUAUUAAAAAGUUGCCCAAAGUAAAAAAAAAAACUCCUAGAAGCCCUACUCUGGUUGAAUUUGAACAAUUGACGAGUAUAAAAAAUUUCACAUCUGUUGAUGGAUAUCUUGAUAUGGAAGCUCAAAAUCUGCAAAAAGGAAAACGCAAAAGAGAUACAGUUUCAGUUCGUGAAUACUACUGUUACAAGCUUCAAAUGAGAAACGAUGAUGAAGAUGAAAUUUUGCAUACAGGAAGAUUACUCCAGCAGUAUUCAGUUGAUGAAUAUAUAAAAUUGGAGACACAAAGAUUAGACUUUGUUUCAUUCAAUCAAGAUUUAUUCAGAAUGGGUAUACUGCAAGGACUUCUUGAUAUUAUAAGACUGGGUGAACGAGAUGCUUCUAAUGUUGGAAAGCAAACUUUUCUGCCAAAUUCUUUUAUAGGAGGUCCUAGAGAUAUGCAUCAACGUUAUAUGGAUGCUAUUGCAUUAGUGCAACUUUUGGGAAACCUGAUUUGUAAUGAGCAUAAACUGUUGACAGCAGAGGCAUAUGAUAAUAUAAUUAGAGCGGAAUUACCAGAUGAUAAAACAGAACCAGAUUUGCGUAAGCUUGUCAUUAAACAUAUGAUGCACGGUCCUUGCGGUAGUUUAGAUCCAACAAAUUCUUGUAUGAAAAAAAAGGGUUACUGCAAGUUCAAAUAUCCAAAAAUGUUUGCCGAUCAGACAACAAAAGGAAACGAUUCUUACCCGGUCUACAGAAGACGAAAUACAGGGGAAGUUGUGAAAGUAAGAGAACAAUAUUUAGAUAACUCCUGGGUUGUUCCGUACAAUCCAUAUUUGCUCGGCAAAUUCAAUUGUCACAUAAAUGUUGAAGUUUGCUCUGAUAUCGAAGUCGUGAAAUAUCUCUACAGAUACAUUUGUAAAGGACAUGAUAAAAUUGUGUUCUGUGUACAAAAUAGCGAUACGAACAUAGAGAUAGAUGAGGUAAAGGAAUACAGAUCUGCUAGAUGGGUAUCACCUCCAGAAGCUGUUUGGCGUCUCUUUGGUUUUCCAAUAAGUGAAAUGUCUCCCAGUGUUUACCCUCUUCAGCUACAUCUUGAAGAAUUCUUCUCUAUGAAUGAAACUAGCGAAGAUGCUAAAGAGCUCAAUUUACUGUAUAAAGAAUUUCCUGAAUACUUUGUGUGGUCUUCCAGUGACAAAUUUUGGGCGCGUAGACAAAAACGUUGUGCUGUUGGAUUGUAUUGCGGUCCUGCCAACCCUAGAAAAUUAUGGGAGCAAUUUGAGGAAUCAAUAAUCGAAGACUACAAAGUGUUACAAAUUACUGAAAGAAGAGAAAUUCGAUAUCAAGCUUUGAAUCAUAUGAACGAUAUUUUACAUUCUAUGGGUCAUGAUAUAAAUGAGUAUGAACUCAUCCCAGAAACCAUUAGGUCUUCUGCGGCAGCAAAAGAGAUUCAUUUUGAAAGAUCUAUUAUUGUUAAUGAAGACGACGUAUUGCUAUAUAGGAAAUUGAACAAAAACCAACUCAUUGCAUAUAAUCUGAUUACUGAAAGGAUAUUUUCGAACAAAGCAGGUGCCUUUUUUGUGGAUGGUCCAAGAGGAACAGGAAAAACUUUUUUAUAUCGUGUUUAUUAG